AUGCACACAGAAACAGCCCGACAUCUGCUGCAACACAUCGAUACUGUUACUGAUGAUAUACAAAAGGAUGCUCUGUUUUCUGGUACAACUGGUGAUGACCUUUUAGUUACUGCUAUUUCCUCCAAAGAUUUCCGUAAGUGUGAACUGGACUCAAAUUCUAGUAGUAAGAAACCUGCCCACUUAACUGAUUCGGCUGACUUUGGAAUAUAUGUAGUCUUUGCAAGAAAGCUGUUGGAGCAUUACAAAACAUUGCAUAGUGAUGCUGUGCUGACGGCUAUAGCUCAAAAUUUCCCACACGAAGCCUGCUCAUUUGGACGAUACGCAGUUUCUCCUUUCCGUAAAGAGAGACAUGAAAUUCAUUUACAUGCUAUGUAUAUGUUGGGGGAAGUAUGUCAUUUGAUACAGCGAACAAAUCACUCCAGCUCUUACCAUCACUAUUACACAAAUCCAAUUCUUGAAGCCACUAGACAAAAUGCAAACGAGGUUGUAGAAGAAAUUGUGAAUUGGUUCCCAAAUGCAAUUUGGAGUGCUAACGAAGAUGGGCACAACUUUAUACUGUAUGCUGCAAUAAAUCGCUCAGAAAAGGUUUACAACCUACUUUAUCAUAUGAGCGAACAUAAGAAUAUAUAUCGGACACUUGAAGACUCUUCGGAGAAUAACCUGUUGCAUCUAGCUGCAAGAUUGGCACCAUCCAACAAAUUAAAUCUUAUAUCGGGGGCAGCUUUACAAAUACAACGCGAACUACAAUGGUUUAAGGAAGUGGAAAAAUUCAUUUGUCCUCUAAGCAUCAUAAAAAAGAACUCUUUAAACGAAACACCACAAACGGUAUUUACUAGAGAACACAAGGAGUUAGUGAUUGAAGGAGAAAAAUGGAUGAAGUCCACUGCGGAGUCCUACACGAUUACAGCUGCAUUAAUCAUCACCAUUGUCUUUGCAGCAGCAAUUACAGUGCCAGGAGGAAGCGAUCAGAACAAGGGGAUACCAAUUUUUACCAACAACACCGCCUUCACAGUAUUUGCAAUAUCAGAUGCCAUAUCAUUCUUUGCGGCUGUUACUUCAUUGUUAAUGUUUUUGUCGAUUCUCACUGCACGUUUUGCUGAACAAGACUUUCUCUUCAAGUUGCCUACAAAGUUGAUAAUUGGUUUGUCCACAUUGUUCAUCUCAACCACAGCUAUGAUAGCAGCUUUUGCUGCAACGUUAUACCUUGUAUUUGGCCAAAGCAAUUCAAGGAUUCUUAUUCCAAUAGCUGUCUUGACAUGCCUACCAAUUACUUCCUUUGUGACAUUGCAGUUCCCUCUUGUCCUAGACUUGAUGAGUGCCACAUAUGGUCGUAGUAUUUUUGGUAGGAACAAAAGUUAUUAUGGUUUGUUUGGAGGAAUAUUGAUUUGA